AUGGCCCUUCAGGACCCCGAAAAGGCGCCAGAUGCAGCCCGCGCCGUCGCCGAGGCAGACGCCGCUCUGCGUCCAAACGACAGAUAUGGUGGGAGCGACAGCAGCAGUGCUACUGUAGCACCAGACGAUGCCAACGGUGGUGCCACCACAAACGUCGGCGCCGCAACUGCCACAAGCCCUUCAAACUCAAAAGGCCACGAUCCGGCAGUCCCCGGGGCCGGCGAUGAUGCGCCCGAAGAAUCGCGGACUAGGCUGCAGACGAUACUUAUCAUGUUCGCUCUGUGCAGCGCGCUGUUCCUUGCUGCUCUCGACGUUACCAUUGUCGCCACGGCUGUUCCUACUAUUGUGGCCGAAUUUGGCUCUUCGUCAGGAUACACGUGGAUUGGUUCAUCAUAUACGCUUGCCAAUGCUGCCACGGUGCCAUCGUGGGGUAAGAUUAGUGAAAUUUGGGGUCGAAAACCCAUUCUACUGUGCGCCGUUGCUGUCUUUUGGGUCGGCUCGCUCAUUUGCGCUCUGAGCGUCAACACGGGUAUGCUCAUUGCGGCCCGCGCCAUCCAGGGAGCCGGUAGUGGAGGCAUUGUCGUCUUGGUCAACAUUGCCAUCUCGGAUCUCUUCAGCAUGCGAUCGCGCGGCGUCUACUACGGCAUCCUCGGCAUGGUUUGGGCACUCUCCAGCGCCAUCGGUCCCGUCCUCGGAGGCGCCUUUACUGCCGACGUUACCUGGCGAUGGUGUUUCUAUGUCAACCUGCCCAUCUCGGCGUGUGGAUUCGUCAUUCUUGUCUUUGUGCUAAAGCUGCACAACCCCAAGACGUCCAUACGCGAUGGUCUUGCUGCCGUCGACUGGCUCGGAAGCUUACUCGUUAUUGGCGGUACGCUCAUGUUCCUCUUCGGCCUCGAAUUUGGUGGCAUUGACUAUCCUUGGAACUCUGCGACACCGAUUUGCUUGAUUGUCUUUGGCAUCGUGACCAUUGGAGUCUUUAUCGUCGUUGAGCAGAGGUUCGCCAAGUUCCCCGUCAUUCCGCCCCGUCUAUUCCGCAAGCGUAGCAGCAUCAUUGCGUUCAUUGUCUGCUUCUGCCACGCUUUCGUCUUCAUCGCUGGAUCUUACUACCUGCCGCUAUACUUUCAGGGCGUCUUGGGAGCCUCGCCGCUCUUGUCGGGUGUCUACCUUCUCCCGUACGCCUUGGCCCUCUCAAUCAUGUCGGCUGGCGUCGGAAUCAUUACAAAGAAGACGGGCAAGUAUCUGCCUCAGAUCAUUUUUGGCAUGUUCGUCAUGACGCUGGGCUUUGGACUGUUUAUCGAUCUCGAGUCGACUGCCAACUGGCCCAAGGUGAUUCUGUUCCAGAUUGUCGCAGGCAUUGGUGUUGGCCCCAACUUCCAGUCGCCACUGAUUGCACUUCAAUCGUCAGUGGACAAGCGCGAUAUCGCGGCUGCCACGUCAACAUUUGGCUUCAUCCGCCAACUGUCAACCUCCAUUUCCAUCGUGGUGGGUGGUGUCAUCUUUAAUAACAAGAUGGAAGAGCAAUACCCGUACCUGCUUCAGAGCCUAGGCCCCGAGCUGGCCAACCAGCUGUCGGGCUCCAGCGCCGGUGGAAGUGUCACUGUGGUCGGUGCCCUACAGGGCGAGCAAGGCGAUGUUGCGCGUAGUGCCUACUGGAACAGCCUGCGAACCAUGUUCAUCUUGUACACGGCCGUGUCAGGCGUGGGACUGCUCAUUAGCCCGUUUGUAGGGCAGCGGACACUUAGCAAGGACCACAAGGAGCACAAGACUGGUCUGCAGACACUGCGAGUCCAGGCCGACCAAGAAGAGCAGGGUCCGGCAGAGAAGAAGGUUGACUCGCAGGUUUGA